CAAAUCAGUCAAACAGCAACAUUUGAACAAUUCGGUCGGUCGGUCGAUUCGUUGAACUCUCAAAGUGAUCAUUCGAAGCUCAUGCGGAUGUCGUGUGGCUGUAACAACUGAAAUUCAAAGUCCACUUUGGAUUCAAAAAAUUGAAAAAGCAGCAACAAGAAAAAAAGCAAACAGUGAAAAUAUAUUUGCCUACAAGCUUCCAGUCCUUACCAGCAUCUAGUCAACUCCGCAUAGAUUGUAUCGAGCGGCAUUGCAGGUGUCUGGCAAAAUUCAAACACGCAGUUUGUGUGUUGAAUCAUACAACCAGCCAAGUACCUAAAUGACAGUCAUUAUGAGUAGAUUAUGGCUAAGCCUAGUGCUGACCGCUGCUGCCAGUCUGCUGAACUUGUGCACUGGGUUACAUCUGGAAGACGUCCAACGUGCACAUGUGCACGCUCCUAAUCCGCGAUCAUCGUUGCAAGUAGUUAAACAAUGGAAACUCUUCACGUAUAAUUUCCUACCUCAUGCUCCAACACAGGAUGUGAAUUUCUACAAUCCAUCCAAUAUCUUAGCCACCGGCUUGGCAAUCUUGAACGAUCGCAUUUUUAUAGCCACACCGAAGCUAUUCUCAGGUGUCUCAUCGACACUGAAUUGGAUUUCCCGGGAAGAUUUCGAUGAAUCACCAGUUCUUAACGCCUAUCCAGACUGGUCAUACACUACUACUGGCCGGACCGAUUUCAAUUGCAGCGACUUGGUUUUGAUUUCAGUUUACCGCAUGCGUGUGGAUUCCUGCAAUCGCUUGUGGGUGUUGGAUGCUGGUAUUUCACGAUCUCUAGAGGACUACGAAAAAACUUGUCCCCCGAAAAUCUUAGUGUUCGACUUGAAAACCAACCAAGUUGUGCGACGCAUAGACUUCCCAUCUGGAGUCUUAAGAGGAGAAUCCUUGUUCACGAAUUUGGUGAUAGACGAAACCACCACAAAAUCUGGUACAUGUGAUGACGUUUUCGUGUACAUCUCGGAUACGGUGGAACCUGGCAUUGUGGUUUACGAUUGCAUUCGCGAUACCACAUGGAGAGUAUCUCAUCCAGCUAUGUACCCUGACCCGGACUUUGCACAAGCCCAGAUCCUCAACGACCGUUUUGUUCUAAUGGAUGGAAUCGUAGGUUUUACAUUCGAUCCCCACAAGGCUGUUGUGUACUUCCAGCCAUUCGCCACAGAUCGAAUAUUUUCAGUUACCCGUGAAGUUCUUAGAGCUGGGCCCAUUUCAAUCAAUCAAGUCUUACCGGUAAAAUUGGUAGGGAAAAAAUCUUCUCAGGGCAUUAGCAUUGCCGUGUCGCUACUCGACGGAAGUCUCAUAUUCAGCCCUGUAACCGAAACUGCCGUUGCCUCAUGGAACCCCUACACCAACGAACAGCAUGUCUUGGCCCAAGAUCAAGUUCGUUUGCAAUUUGUGUCCGACAUGACCAUACCGGCUCAGGAAAACAGUUACGUGUACGUAAUAUCCUCAAAAUUCCAUCGAUUUUUUUUGAAAAACCUCAAUACAGAGGAGGUAAAUAACCGAAUAAUAAAAAUACCAUUAUCUGGAUUGAAAGCCACAGCCCAAAUUAGUCAAUUUCCGAACAAUUACCAAACCAGAACAUACCCAGGAAUCCCAAUACCUGUGCCAUUGAACCAUUACUAUCAGCUAACGAAUUCCAUACAAGCAAAAUCUCUGAAUCUUGCCCCCACACAGGGCUAUUUUACGCGACCAAGCCAUAGCAACCAUCCGUACGAGUUCGAUAAUGCUGGUGUUAUUAAUUACACGGUGAAAAAUCCUUUUACGGCCCUCAACCAAGGCGAAACGUUCCCUCCGCCUAAGGCUUUGCGGAACCAGGAUCAAUUUUCCUUUUUAGAUAGUUUAGCUGCGAGUGCCCCAGAGCCCCUUAACUCACAUCAACCCUCCCUUCCUGACUACUUCUACCAGAGAACAGCUCGAGCCACAGACUCAGCUAGCAACUAGGAUUGAAAGUGUUAUGCCAUCUCGACAAGUUUUCAAUUAAUCGUUGUGUAACUUCAACUCCGUCUAGCACACAGAAUGUCUACCAAACAACCCUGCCAAGCUACAAUUUAUUUGGUUCAGCUAUAUUUAUAUUUAAACAAGAGAGAUUCUGAGCAUAUUUUCAGGCGCAAGUUUUAAUUCUCACUUCACCCUCAGAAGGUUCAUGAAAUGGAUAAGUCAAUGAAUGAAUGACUUUUAUGUAAAUAUUUUAACUGUUAUACAAAACUUUACACUGUGUAUAUGAAUUAUUUAAAAAAGAGUUUUCCAAAAUUAAUACAUUGGUUUUACUUUACAAAAAUAAACAAGAAACAACGAAGGAGUGAAUUAAAGUGAUCUUCAUUAA